AUGAAAUCGGAGAUUAAGAGAGUGAAAAAUUUGAAAAAAAUUGGGAAAGGUGAUGAUAACUUUUUAGUAGGUAAUUUUGAUCCUGGGACUGAUAAUGAGAAUUUGAUAUGGAAAGAUGGUGUUAAUGAUGAAACGCACGACGAAAUUAAGAAAAUAUUUGAUACUUUAAAAAAAUCUUCCACAGGGGUUCCAACUUACAAAGGAUUUCCUAUUUUUGAUAGGGAAAAACAAAAAAAAACAAAAGUUGACAACACUACUGAUGAUAAGGAAAAAAAUCGCCGAGAAUUCGAAAUAACAGGAACAGGUGGUACAAUUAUUGAAAAUACUGAAACUACUUGCGUUUUCAGUAAUAUUGACACUUUUCGCCAAGUGUUUACGGAUGAAAAUAAAGUGGGGCAAAAACAAUGCCGAGGCUUUGAACCGGGUGAUAUUAUAAAAGAUGGUACUGAUUAUAUUUAUAUUGUUAAAAAUAACUCGCCGGGUAAUUCGGUCAAGGAUAGUACGGCACUUAUUGUUGAAGAUGAUGUUGUUGACAAAACAGGGCAGAAGAAAAAUACAGAGUUAAAAAGCAAUGAAGCCACACGAAACAUUUUUGACAUUCUUCAUGCUGGUGAUAAUAGUAAUGCCGAUUUAAUUAGAACCGGAAAAAACGAUAAUGUUAACAACAUGAUUAAACAUUAUUUUCAAUUCGAUUUAGGAAAUGAAGGAGAAAAUGUUAGUCAAUACGAAAAGCAGUUAGACACGUAUUACCUAGCGGCUCGAGCCAAUAAUAAUUUUAAUCCUUCUUAUGAAGAUGGUACUAAAUCGAGUGCUUCUGAUGCUGAUAAAGAGAAUAAGAACAAAAUUGAUAAGGCUUACGAUGAAGCCAAAGCGGUAUUAGAAUUACUAAAAGUAAAUUACUCAGACAAAACUAAGGUUGACGACAGUAAAGCCACCGCAGAUGAAGCGAAAUUAAAGGCAGCCCAAACAAAGUUUGAUGGACUGAAAAAUGAUAUAAUUGCUAAACUUAAUCAAAUUAAGGGUAGAAGUGGACAAGGACCAAAUGACAAACUAGCCACCGAAGAUGAGAUAAAAGCUAAACUCUUUGACACUGAAAAUCCGGAUGAAAUUGGCAAGAAAAUUAUUGACGCGGCCAAGGGGAAAAUUACCACGGGUCAACUUGAUAAAUUCAAAACUUUGUAUGAGGCCCUGAAAAAAACUCACGGGUCUAGUUUCACGGCCGAUAAGGCAACCAAAGAUGCCAUCAGUCCGUAUGUCAAGGAUUUCGAGCCAAAACAGCAAAAAACUUCGUUACAAGAAGCCCAAGAGGCCUUGAAAGCGGCUCUGGGAGCCAAAGAGAUUUAUGAGAUUGCUAAGAAAGUUAUCGACGGAAAGGAUAGUAGUAAUGAAGGGUCAAAAUUAAAAGCACUUACUACUUAUCAAGCUAAUCAAAAGGCUCUCGAUAAAGUAAAAGCGGAAACUAAAAAUGCCGUAAAAUUAGGAGACGAAGAAAAAGCCAGAAAGGCUGCCGAGGAAGGGAAAAAUAUCCCCAAGUAUGACUCUGACGAAAGAAUUAAAACAAGAGUUAAUAACCUGAUAGUCCGGGCUCCAUUGGCGGCGAAAUUAGUUAAACUCAACACUGAGGACAGCAAAUUAUUGGCUAAAUUAUUGAUUAAGGACGUAGUCAAGUAUAGUGACAAGGAUGGUGAGACUAAGAAAAAUAAAACUCAUUUAGCAAGGUUGGAAGAAAUGGAGAAAGAUUUAAAGGAUUUCCAAAGUUCCACAUCAGGUGAAAAACACAAAGCUUAUACUCAUGAUGCAGGAAUUGCCCCGGCUGUCACUGCUUUAUUAGAGGAGAUUAAGAAGCAAAAAGCACUAUUCGAGAAAGAAGAAGACAAAAAAAAACAAAAAUCUGGUGAUGACAAACCAUUCUUGAAAACUCCACUAGGUUAUUUGACGAUUGGUAUAGUAGUGUUAGCUGUAAUAGGAGCGAUUGCUUACUUUAUCAAAACUAAUAGUAGUGAAGAAGGUGAAGAAAAAGUACUCGCCACCAUUAGUGAAGUAUUAGGAAAGGCCGAUAAAAUAGAUAAAGAUAUCUUUUAUCAGGAAGUAGAGAAAAGUAUUCGACCCGAUAUUUCAACUGGGGAAAUAUUUAAGAUGUUAUUAGUAGCAAAAGAUAUUUUGGAUCAGCGUUUGCUACAAUUUGACUUGGAAAAAUUAAGUCAAGCACUAGUUCUGGAACGAGAUGAAUUAUUUAAUUAUCUCGGGUUAGAAACUUUGACUGGUCCAAUAAAUGAGCCAGCUAAGAAUGAGAAAGCGAUUAGUUUUUAUAAUCUUAUUUCUGGUUUACGUUUUGUCCCCAGUACUCCCACUUUAUUCCAUGCCGGUUUAACCCGCGCCCAAUUAAGUUCUUGUUUUUUAACCACGGUUAGCGAUGACUUAAAUCACAUUUUUAAGUCUUUGAAUGACAAGGCUAACUUACUAAAAUAUUCCGGGGGAGUAGCCACCGACUGGACUAAUUUACGAGCCCUUGGUUCACUCAUUAAAUCAAUUGACAAUGAAAGCACUGGUUUAAUUCCUUUCUUGAAGUUGGCUAAUGAUACGACCGGAGCCAUUAACCACCAUGUUGGAGUAGUUCACUGUUCUAAUCUUUGUACCGAAAUUACUCUUAAUACUUCGGAAAAAGAAACGGCAGUCUGUAAUCUCGGUUCAGUUAAUUUAGCCCGACAUAUUAAGAAAGGAAAAUUAGAUAAUGACUUAUUAAAGGAAACUAUUACUAUCGCUAUUCGCAUGCUCGAUAACGUUAUUGACCUGAAUUAUUAUCCAACCAAAGAAGCCGCCUAUUCUAACUUCCAACAUCGGCCAAUUGGCUUGGGAAUGAUGGGCUUUCAGGAUGCUCUCUUUCAAUUAAACAUUAAUUAUAACUCACCUUUGGUCUUAGAAUUUACCGACCAGUUAACGGAAAAAUUUUCUUAUUACGCCAUUUCCGCCUCCGCCCAGUUGGCCCAAGAAAGAGGAACCUACACUAGUUAUCCGGGUUCCAAAUGA